AUGAAAUAUAAUUUAAUUUUACCUAUUUCAAUUGUAUUACUACUUGAGUACAGCACAAGAAUAUUUUCUCUAAAAUAUGUUAAAAAAGAGGGAAUAAAAUGGAUAGGAAAUGAUGAAGGAUCUCUUCUUGUUCACGAUUUACAAACGUACAAAGAGGAAAUUGACUCACAGAUAAGAAGCUUCAAAGAAGAUGAAGCCUUGCCAAAUCAGGUAGAUUUCCAACUGCAGGAAUUAAGCGGCUUAGUUAACAUCUUAAAAGAUACGCAGGUAGAGCAAAAACGAAGACUGUUCAAUUUUUCGACGUCCCUAGAACAAACAAAAUUAUCAUUGUUUAAAAUGCUAAGCGAAUAUGAAAAUAGAAUUGCUCAACUAGAAUAUAUUAUUAUGGAAAUAAAAAAAUAUGACCCCUUCAUAGAAAAAUUUACAUAUCCUAUAUCAAAAUAUUGGCUAAAAAUAGACUUUACAAGUUAUAAAUCUCUUUGGAAAUAUAAAAAAAAUAAAAAUUAUAUUACAUUAAUUCAAGCAAUAGAUAUAAUAAAUUUAAGAAAACCUUCAACUAUUUUGUUGCUAAAACAUCAUAAAUUAAUAGAGGGAUAUAUAAAUGUCGAUGUUUUACAAAAAAUUUUUCCUGCAUCAGAUAUGAAACAAUCUUCUUCAGGAAUUAUAUUUGAUUUUGUCAAUGUUCAAAAUUUUAGAUUUAUUGAAUUAGCAUUCAUAAAUAGUCAAGCUGUUGUUACUGUGAACGACGUUUCCAACGAUGUCUAUAAGAAGUACGCACUAUUAAAAAGUAGUUCAUGGGUGAAUGUACCUAUGGAUAUAUAUAUCGAUGUGUGUCUACGAGGGAUCAUUUCGAGGAGUGUCGAGGCAGACAGCAGAGAGUACAACUCCCUAACCUGUGAAUUAACAUCAAAGAAAAUAAAUGUUUUCUUAAAUUAUAAAAAAAUAAUAGAGAUAUACGUUACAAGUGAAAGACGUGGUACAAGUAGCAGUGCUAACACCGCAGUAGGAUUAUUUACCAAAAUCGGAACGGCAGAAUUUAAAAAUAUAUUAACAGGAAAUAUAAAUUUUGAAAAGGCCCUUAAGCAUAAAUUAAAAGAUUCAAAUGAUAUGGACAUAUCAAAAGGAAGCCUACACAGUUCUUAUCGUUUUUCAAAAAAGGGUACAAGAGAUGAUCUAAGUGUGUAUGAAAUACCUUAUUCGUACAAAGAUUAUGAUAGUAAUAAGGCGGACGAGGAGGAACAUCAGGUUAACAGUGUUUAUCCCGUACCUGAUUCAACAUCUUAUUAUUAUAGCAAUCCAUCGGAUGAAAUACGUACAAAUAUGGAUGAUAAAAAAAAAGUAUCAGCCAAAAAAGAACAACAGCAAAUGUGUAAUAAUUACAAUAAUUACAAUUUUGACUUAAACGACUGGAUGGACAUCAAUAAUACCCCAGGUAGCUGGAGAAUUAUAAAUCAAUAUGGAAUUAGUAGAAUUGUUUUUAAUGAUAAUUAUAAACUAUCACUGUUAAGAUCCUCCUUUAUUUAUAAAUACAGUUUUUGUAAUUCAAUUCAUUUAUCAGCUUACAUAAAAUUAGAAAAUAAUACGGAAGCAGGUUUAUUGUUCAGAUAUGAUAACAAGGAUAACAUGUAUAUGCUAACAAUUUCAACAACUAAUAAAGAAAUAAUUUUAAAAAAAAAUAAAAAUAACACUGAAACAAUUAUUAUGAGAGAAUAUAUUAAAAAUAUAAAUUCUUUUCAACGACAUCAUUUAUUAAUUAAAGAUGAAGGAGAAAAAGGUAUUAUAACUGUGUACCUUGAUGCUGAAAAAAUAUUUUCUAUAAAUAAUGAACCCUAUUACAAGUCCGGUUUAGUAGGGAUAUAUGUCGAGUACGGAUAUGGCACAUUUGACACGUUUAAAAUUGAACGGGACCAAAAAUAA